GCCAACGUCCCACACAUGGGAGACCUGUGCGAUAUCGCAACCGUGACCCACGCCUUCCGCCUCCUGACGUGCCCAGACCGCAAAGUGCGGACCAUCGCGAACGCCACCCUGAAAGAGACCGUCGGCAAGCGCGCCGCCAGGGCCCCCGCUCCGCAGGACACCAUCGCCUUCCUCAACGGUUCCCUUGAGAACGACCUAGGAAGGCAAGGGGGAGAAAUGUCCUCCCUCUGGUCCCGCGCCGCCACCUGCCGCCUGGGGAAGAGGAUCGGCUGCCGCUGGACCUGGGCAGAGGAACGAGGCGAGAUGGGCAUCCUGAUCCCGCGCGGAAACUCAGACCAGAACACCGUCGUCACGCCGCCCGCCCGUAAGAUGCUGGAGAGAGUCCUAAAAUCCACCCUCCGCUGCCUCUACGCCGAGAACCUGAAAAAGAAACCAGACCAGGGCAAGGUGUUUGAGGUAUCCAGCAAGUGGACCGCCAGCAACCACUUCCUUUCCGGGAGGAGCUUCACCCGCUUCAUCGACUGGCGCUUCGUCCACAGGGCCCGCCUCAACUGCGUCCCCCUCAACGAAGCCGCCCGCUUCGGCAACCGGGACAAGCGCUGCAGACGCUGCGGCUAUGAGAACGAGACCCUGCCCCACGUCCUCUGCGGCUGCGAAACACACUCGGGGGCCUGGUUACUGCGCCACAACGCCAUCCAGGACCGCGUCGUCAAGGCCCUGCCUCCGACCUUGGGCACCGUCGUGGAGGACUCUGUCGUCCUGGGCACAAACAGCCUCCUCCGACCGGACAUCGUCAUCACCAACGAGGAGGUGAAAAAGAUCAUCAUGGUGGACGUGUCCGUCCCCUUUGAGAACCAGUCGGCGGCGUUUCAGGCAGCCCGUCUCUGGAAGAUCGUCAAAUACACACCACUGGCGGACACCCUGAGGGGUUAUUCGGGGGGUCGUGGGACCCCCAGAACGAGCUGGUGCUGGAAGCUUACGGCAUCGGGAAGAAGUACACCGGCCUCAUGA